GACACUUGCAACACCAGGUGUAUCGCGAUGCCGGCCUUUAAGGAAGGAGUACGCUUUUUUUUUAAAGGUUCUUGGGUCGUAUUGGAAUUAUUGUUAUUAUUGGUAUUACUCUUCACAAUAUCCAUUAAGAAUAUACUAGAGUAGAAUUCUAUUAUUUUAUAAUUCAACAGUAUUUUAUUACUUUAAUAGAAGGCCCACCGCAUUCUAUGAAAAAGCGCAAUAAAGAAUUUUGCUACGCUUGAUAAGGUCAAUAUAUCAGUGGUAAUGACUCGUACCGGUAAAAUGACCCCUUUGAGUGGAAAGGCGAACAGUGGCCAUUUGUCUUUUUAGGGUAACCAUGGUUUUGCUGCUAGGUGGUCUCUAUUUCAUACGUUCCGUUAAGCUUAACAGUAACUUCAGCAAUAAAAUUGCACAUUGUAAAAAAAAUGCCAUAAAGAAAGUAACCACUCAGUUCAUAAGUGUGCUAGUGCUAAGAAAUAUUUAUUGAAGAUUUAAUUAUAUAUUUAAAUAUUUAUGAUUAUAAUUAAACAUAAAACAUUUUUAUUUAUUUGUAUAUAUUGCUAUUAAGUUGUACGAGUUUAGGGUUCUCCGGUAUCGUCAGAAGAAUUAAAAAGAAUAAUGUCAUUUACAACUGACAGUUAUUAUGGUAACAAACAGUUUUGGCUGGUUUGUUUUUAUCAUAAUUUUGCUAUUUUGUUGUUCACUUUUAAAAGGUUUGGUAUAACAUACACUUACAUUAAUCGAUAACAAGUUGAACUAAACAAGACAUGAAGAAGAGCUUACAUUGAAAAAUUAAUUCAAAUCUGUUUCAUAAAUAACCUAAUCCUGAUUGUUUUCAAAGAAACUUUAUAAUAAAAUUUUCUUUCACUUAUUUAAAAUGCCUAAAGUGGUAUCAAGAAGUAUAGUAUGUUCAGAUACUAAAGACCAAGAAGAAUACAAUGAGACCAAACCUCUUCAUAUUUACUACUGUAUAUGUGGUCAAAUGACCCUCAUUUUGGAUUGUACAAUAGAUCGUCUUCCAUUGAGGCCCACUGAUGGAGCUCGAGUCAUCGACGGGUCAAAACAUGCACACAAAAUAACUUCAGAUCCCGACGAAACUGUUUAUUUGAAGAGGGAGAAAGGAAUUGAAAGACAACACAGAUUGAAAUGUAAGAAAUGUGCUGUACCAUUAUAUUACAAACAUGAUCAAGAAACAAACAUUGUAUUUAUAAUGCGAGGAGCUUUAGUGCAAUCUGCUGGUGAAGGUGGUGUUACAGAUAUUUAUAAGCAGGUGGCACUAGCUCAACCUAAGAAGAUUAUGGUUACUAAACACACGAAGAACAUGGGUAAAUUCAGUUCAGUAACUGUGUCUACGAUAGACGAAGAAGAGGAUGAGAUUGAGGCGAGAGAAGUGGCAGACAGUUAUGCUAACAAUGCUAGGAUUAUUGAGAAACAGUUGGAACGCAAAGGCAUGAACAAGAGACAAGCUGAGACUCCAGCUCAGACUUUAGAGAAAAGGCCUAGAGGCACUCUGAUUGAUAAAUAGGUUCACAUAUUAUAUAGCUGCACUGUUGUAUUUAGAUUUAAAUUUACCAGUUUCAUUAUUAUCUGAUUUGAUUAUAAUUUAGUGUAUAAUAUGUACAAUUGAACCAAGUGAUUCCUGACCCACUUGCCCGGAUUGUUUAAAAAUUUCAAAAAAAAGGAAAAGUUUGUCUUUAUAGAGAAUGUGUAAUUGCAUUUCUGACCUUCUAAUAACAAGGAAACUGUGUAAACAUGUCUACUGUGUAAAAACAAAGAUUUUUGAAUAUGAAUUUUAUUUUCAAUGCAAUAGAUCAUGAUAUAGAUAAAAUUAGAAUAGAAGUUGAAUUUCAAAAUCACUUUAAACUUGAAACUCUUUCAACAAAACAUUGGUAAAUUAAUGGGGUAUUCCUUAGUCCUUAGGCAAAACUACAAAUAAUUUAAUGUCAAAAUUAUGUCACAGGAAGGUGGCGGAAAUGAUUGUUCAGAAAAUAACAAGUUUGUUUCCAGGAAUACAUGAAAACAAAAAUCUACCUUAUUGCUUUGAAAUGGUUGAAACAAAAUAAGCUUAUAGUGGGUCAGGAUUCAAAUUGUCUCACUGUACAUCACUGCUGCAUUACAUCAUGGCAUUUUAAUUUUAGUACAAUAAAGCCUCAUUCUGCUGUUAAUGAAUUGUUAUUAAUGUUAAUUAUUUGUUUAAAAAACAUAAUAGAAAUAAUGGGACAUCUAAUUGAAUACCCAUACAGAAACAUUGAUAAAAAAAAUGGGUGCGUGUACUUAUGUAGGCGCGUGAGAAGUUAUCCUUCUUUGGCAUCGUUUAAAAUUAGUUUUUGAUUACAUGCAAAUAAUUAAUUACAAUAAAUUAAUAAAAAGUCUGGAAAAGGACACAGUCAAUAAAGUUCAGUUUUAAUUUGAAAAAAUAAAUAAAUAAUCAAAAUAUUCAAUUAAAAUCGCUACUGAAUAUA